AUGACUGGGUGGGGUCCUAGGAGGUCAACCUGCCUUGACCUGCCUAGGAAUCUGGUCCCUGGGAGGUUGUCAUGCCUCAGCCUGCUUGGGGAUCCACCAGCUUGGGAUCCCAGGAGGUCGACCUGCCUUGACCUGCCUAGGGAUUUGGCCCUUGGAAGGUUGUCAAGCCUCCACCUGCUCUGGAAUCUGCCAGUCUCUGGGUCCCAGGAGGUUGGCCUGCCUCAUCCUGCCAAGGGACCCAAUUCUCAGGAGAUUAAUAUGCCUCAACCUGUCCAGGGAUUCGAUCUCCAGGAGGUUGUCGUGCCCUAA